AUGAGACUGAGAAUACGCUAUCGAGAUCGGAAUCAAGUGAUAAACAAUCUUGAUGAAACAUCAACUGUCGGAGAGUUGAAGAAGAUUAUCCAUGACGAGUUUGGUAUUAGUCAGCAUGAACAGGAAUUAAAAUGCGGCUAUCCACCACGCACAUCCACAGCACCAGAUUCAUCUACUCUCGAAUCUGCCGGGAUAAAAAAUGGAGAAACAAUCAUAGUCGACAAAUUGGACCUUCCUCCCGAACCGGUUCUUUCACCCGUCGUAGUAGUAGAGACACCCAUAAUUGAACCGCUUCCGGAUAUUUCCGCUCAAACAUCAUCACGUGUAUCUCAAGCUACAUAUGUGCCCGAAGCAAAAGUCAAGGGUGAUCUAAUAACCGUUGAGACUCGUAAUGGUUACGCAAUGCUACGGGAAAUGGAAGAUGACAAUUCUUGUUUGUUUCGUGCAAUUGACAGUUAUGUCUUAGAUCGACCAAUCGACGUUCGUAAACUUCGACAGAUUAUUGUCAAGAAACUGCGAAGUGAUCCAACAACAUAUAACGAUGCUUUUCUUGGCAUGUCGAAUGACGAGUAUUGUGCCCGGAUUUCAGGCCCGAAUACUUGGGGUGGAGCUAUCGAACUCUCAAUAUUUUCGGAACAUUUCAAUGUCGAGAUUCGUAGUAUUGAUGUUGGGACUGGUCGAGUCGACAAAUAUGGACAGAAUCGUACAGGACUUGGUAAAGAUUGUGUAUAUAUAAUAUAUUCUGGAAUACACUACGAUGCGGUUGUACUGACGCCCCUCGAGGACGGAAGUGUGAAGGAUUUCGAUCAGACCGUGUUUGGCGUAAAUGACAUGACAAUGUGGAAAGCUGCAGAAAACAUUGCCAAAGCCAUGAAUAUGGUAAUUGCAUUUGCUGGUGCCAGUACUCUCCACAAGUAUACCUAUACAGCAACGUUCACCAUCAAAUGUAGAGAUUGCGGGAUAGGACUCAAAGGCGAAAAGGAAGCUACUGAACACGCAAAAGAGACCGUGGAGUACAUAAACAAAGAACCAUGCCUAUUAAAGAUUCCAGGAUCUCGGCAACGCUUUGAAUGUAGGGAUUGUGUAGAAUACCCAGAUGUGGAGGAAUCCCUGAAACAUCUACUCAAGCAAGCAUUACAAAUCUGGAUGCGACAAGAGGCAGCUGGCAGUAUCAGACUUGUAUGA